CAGGCCCUACGUAUCUAGGUGCAGGUCAAAGGAAUGAUUUCAGCGAGCCCAGACCUUUGCACCUUCCCAUACAUAGAAAAUCACUGAAUUCCUUCACUUGAGAUGUCUGGUUUUCUUUAAUCAACAGUAAUCCCUUGAUGUUCUGAUUAGCUGGUCUUGGUUGCAAAAACUCCUGUAUAUCCUGGCUUUUCUCGUGCCUCUUUGAAACACUUAGAGCGAUCGGAGAGGUUGCCUUCCGGGCUCGAGUCCUCAGGCCUGAAUCCCCAGAAAGACCGCCAAAUGAAACAGAAUUCUCAACAUUCAGGUUGUGCAUUUUAUUUAGUGACAAAGUAAUGUGCCUGUGUUCACAGAGCUAGUAAGUAGCUGGGCUGGGCUCUGAGCCCAGGAGUCCGACUGCAGACCCCACACUCCUCACUGCUCAGCUGUGCCGUCUCCCAGACACCUGGGUGGGCGUGUGAUUGAGGCUGGAAGUUCCCAGACAUGUUCUCAGGCCCACUUAAAUUUUUUCUACCAAGAAUUUUCCCUGCAGGGGUUUCUGGUUAGCAUUCAAAAGCAGUCAAGUAACUUAAAUAUAUACAAAACAUUUGUGUUUCCACUCUGAUGAUGAGUUAAGAAGAUGGUUUUAAACACACUCAGGAUCACUGGGACAGCCACCGUAUAACCCAAAUCUCCAAACCGAAGAAGGUACCGUCUAAUUGUGUAUUCACAAAUGUUUAAAAGUCAUUAACAGCAGCACAGUGGAAGCUCAACACCAGGCUCCACCACAUUUUUUUCCCGUUCAAAGGGAUCUGGACUAACUCUAUUUCUAUUGUUCUAGAAAUGAGAUGACCAGCUCUUUCAGAAUAUACAGCAACUGCCUCCACCUAAGCAGCGCCAGGCUUAGGAGUUUUACGGUAAAGCCAUGUUUCCAAGGAGGUCAGUACAGAAAGCCAGAGUCUACCGGCAGUUUCUGGGAGAGAGAAGCUUUCCAUCCAUCGCAGAGGUUAACUUUUCCUUUGGGAGAUGUUUAUAAUAGCAAAGGCUCAACUGGGAUAUUUAUCAGCCUCUCCUGUUCCUCUCGGGUUUGGUGGUGUUGACAACGGGCAGGGAUAAAAUGAGCCGGUCAUCUCAGGACCAUGGAAAACCUGGAAUCGAGGCUCAGGAAUGCCCCCUAUUUUCGGUGUGAGAAGGGGAAAGACUCUGUCCCCGUGUGCCAGAAGUGUGAGGCGUGCGUCCUGGCCUGGAAGGUCUUCUCCACCAAAGAGUGGUUCCGACGGGUGGGCAAGGUGUCCCGGAGGAGGUUUCUGGUCAGCAUCCUGGCGCAGCUGGAUAGCUUGUAUUUGUUGCACUAUUUCCAAAACAUCCUUCAGACCACGCAGGGGAAGGAUUUCGUCUAUCACAGGUCCCGGGUCAACGUCAGCAAGAAGGAGGGGAGAGUCGUCAAGUCCUCCUUGAACCAGAUGCUGGACAAGAUGGAACAGGAGAUGAGGGAGAUCUUGCGCUGGUUUGGGAACAGCUCCCACCGGACGAAGGCCAGUUACACGCUCUUGCUGCUGCAGAUGUGCGACCCCAAGUUACUGCUGACUGCCGCCAACGUCAUCGGAGCCCUGUUGCUGAGAGAGCAGGACACCGCCUCAGGGUUCGAUCAUGACGCCAGCAAAGUGUUUUUCUUCCCUGAGAAAGGCUGCAGCCCCACCCCGCCGUGUGAGGCCUCACAAGUCUGCGGGGUGGGCAGAACCAGGGACACAGACUUCCCCUUGUCCACCAAAACCUCAGGAAAAGCAGGCUUGCAGGAGAUCAUGCCGGGGGGAGCAGCCGCUGCAGGUAAGCCAGCUUGCCGCAAGGACGCUGCUGGAGGUGACAAGGGGGUCCCAGUGGAGUUGGGGGUGGCAGCGCAGUAGUCUCUGGGGAGGACAGAUUUGGGCAACGAACAUUCACUUGGGGUUACAGUGGGCUUGUUUAACCGCACACAUGGUCGGGGAGAAACAACGAUUAAAAUCAGUUGGUGUGACCCUAAAUCUCCAUCUGUCCCGGGCCAUGCUCCCUCACCCAGCCCCUGACCUCUGGCACCUAGGAGGGGGAACACCUCCAGAAUCCAACCCACCAGCGUCUGUUUUUGCAGCACUGGAUUCAGUCCUGAGGUGGAAAUGGAAGCAGUGGGGGAUGGGCCCUGACCUCAAGGCCAUCCUCGGUUGGUGUUUGAAGUAAGACGUAUACGUGAAAUGAUUACAAAAAACACAAGGCACCGAUUCUAAAACGCUUUUUAUAUGGAGAAUUUCAGAUUUCAGAUGCUCACCAUCACCCAUGUAACCCUCAUCCUCAGCCUCAGUGAUUAUCAACAUCUUAUAUCUUAUUUCAGCCAUCCCCCUCUUAAAAAAAUUUUUUUUAUUGACGUGUAGUUGAUUCAGUGUUAGUUUCAGGUGUACAGCAGUGUGAUUCAGUUACACAUUUACAUGCACAUAUAUAUUUUC